UAAAACAAAAUUUAUAAUUGAUCAUGUUGCCGAAAAAUAACUUAUUUUUGGAGUAGCCGUAGAUGUAAUCAUCUUUUUUUUUUCCGGCUAAAUAAAUUUACAAACGGCCGAACAAAAAGGAGUCAUUCCGCGAGCUUCGAUCACCACCGUCAGAUUUAUUUAACAAACGGUCAGGAUCGUCAUACGAUCUCUUAAACAAUAUUUUAAAAAUCUUCACAGAAAUUAAGGAAGGCGAGAAUGAUUGGUCUUCCAUAGUUUUGACCAUGGCGGAUCUUAGCCACCUAGUUUCUUAUAUUAGCUAUAUCCGCUCCUCCGUAGACACAACUAAACAUUUCCAUAAAUAAAUGUUUAUAAACAAUGUCUAACUACUUUUUCUUUUUUUUUUUGUUUCUUUUGUUACAUUUUCUUGGCAGAGGAGAGAAGGAAGAAGGAAGAAGGAAGAAGGAGAGAGAGAGAGAGAGAGAAGUUGGCAUCAUCGUCGUCUCUCUUUCUUUUUCUUCUCUUCUCGUGAAAUCUCAAAGAUUCAUCACCUUCGGGUAAAGUUUUUGUUUCUUCUUGGAAAAUUCUGCUCAAAACGAUGAAUGUGAUGCGUAGAUUGACGAGUAUGGCUUCUGGACGCAGUUUCGUCACUUCUGAUAACGUAGGAGAAGACGAGACGCCAAGAUCGAAGAAGCUUAACAAAACUCGUGAAGAUAUAGAGUCUACGGAAGCGGCUACGUACGAGAGAGGUUCUACUUGUUUAGAAGAUGAUAAGACACGAGAAGAAUCUGUCUCCACGAGAGAGAAUUCUCAUUCAAUACCUAAAGAAAUGGAAAACGGUGGUGAUGACAAGGAUUCGGACAGUGGAAUCAUCAAGGGCAAUGGGACAGAGUCUGGUCGGAUUAUUACCACCACAAAGAAGGGUCUGAAUGAUCAGAGAGACAAGACCAUCUCUUACAGAGCUGAGCAUGUCAUUGGCACUGGCUCAUUCGGUGUUGUCUUUCAGGCUAAGUGUUUAGAGACAGAAGAAAAAGUAGCAAUCAAGAAAGUGUUGCAAGACAAGAGAUACAAAAACAGAGAGCUUCAGAUCAUGCGAAUGCUCGACCAUCCUAAUGUCGUUGAGCUCAAGCAUUCUUUCUUCUCAACCACUGAGAAAGACGAGCUUUAUCUUAACCUUGUUCUUGAGUAUGUACCAGAGACUAUAUACCGUGCAUCAAGAUCUUUCACCAAGAUGAAUCAGCAAAUGCCCUUGAUUUUUAUUCAGCUCUACACAUAUCAGAUUUGCCGCGCAGUGAACUAUCUACAUCGAGCUCUUGGAGUGUGUCACCGUGACAUUAAACCACAAAAUCUAUUGGUGAAUAAUGUUACACAUGAGGUGAAGAUAUGUGACUUUGGAAGCGCGAAAAUGCUGAUUCCUGGAGAACCAAAUAUAUCUUACAUAUGCUCAAGGUAUUACAGAGCUCCAGAACUCAUCUUUGGAGCAACUGAAUACACAACCGCUAUUGAUAUGUGGUCUGUAGGCUGUGUUAUGGCUGAACUUUUUCUUGGACAUCCUCUGUUCCCUGGAGAGACUAGUGUUGAUCAAUUGGUGGAGAUAAUUAAGAUUUUGGGGACACCAGCAAGAGAAGAGAUAAAGAACAUGAAUCCUCGUUACAAUGAUUUCAAGUUCCCUCAGAUAAAACCUCAGCCAUGGCACAAGAUUUUUAGGAGACAGGUACCUCCUGAAGCAUUGGAUCUUGGCUCUAGACUUCUCCAGUACUCACCAAACCUGAGAUGCUCAGCUCUUGAAGCAUGUGCACACCCGUUCUUCGAUGCUCUAAGAGACCCCAACGCAUCCUUGCCUAAUGGAAGAGCACUUCCUCCCUUGUUUGAUUUCACAGCUCAAGAAUUGGCUGGUGCAUCUGUUGAACUGCGUCAUCGCUUAAUCCCUGAGCAUGCAAGGAAAUGACUACUACUUCUCUACACAUGUUCUUGUUCACUUACCUCUGCAACCACUAGGACUAGUAGUUAAAAAGUGUAAUAAUCUAUAAGUUUGCAACUUUGUAGCUUCCAUUGUUGUAUACAGAUGCAGAAUUUUCCAAUUUUUAUAAAUGCAAAAUGUCAC